CGCAGGGGUGGUCACCUGGCCCGGGCAGGCAGGAAUGUCUCGGGCAGGGAGCCGGCUCGCCGGAGUCGGCUCCGGCGUGUUCGAGUGCCAGCUGCGAGCCCUCGGGGCCACGGGCGGCAAGCCCCGGCUUGCAGAGAGGGGAGCCGGUCCCGGGCGAGCGCGAGUCGCGGCGAGCCCGUGUGCGCGCCCAGGCGCGCGCCCCGCGACGGCGCAGGGGGAGGGGAGGCCGCGGCAGCCACUCAGAGGAACGGUAGUGAGGCCUGCGAACAACUUUAACUGUCAAUCAGACUUAAUGGGGUAUUAAAAAAAUGGGGGGGGGGGUGAAGGGGCCGCCCUCUCGCUCCGCGCCGCGGCUGCCUGGGGAGCGAAUGGCUAAGGAGGCGUAGAGCAGGGCGCCCGAUCCCCGCGCGCUCCGCACCCCGGCCCUCUCCAAGUUGGAAAGGACAAAAAGAAGGCAGUCAAUGCUCCCGGGGAGAGCGAGGCAGCCGGAUCGGGCGGCAACUCCCAGCCUGCGCUGGGGGAGAGCGAGCGAGGCAGCCGCGGGGAGCGAGCGCGCGCGAGGGCGAGCCCCGCGCCGGGAGAAACUGACACCGGGACCCCCGGCUCCUGCCGCGCGCGGCUGGCACUCGGGCUGCGUUGGAGCGGUUUCCUGAGCCGCAGAAUAGCCCCGGGCCGGGAGACGCGCGCGGGCUGGAGCCCGGCGCUGCUCGCACGCCCCCUCCCAGCCCUGCACUUUUGUUUUUCCCGGGGAAGGGGCAGACGCGCCGCAAGUGGGGAGACAGCUUUUUUUUUUUUUUUUUUUUUUUUUUUUUUUUUAAAUCUUGCACUUUGAAACCGCCGGGCUGGAGCCGGGUGCGCGCGUGUGGUUGGUGCCUUUUUUUUUUUUUUUUUUCCCCCUGCCCCUGCUGGUAGCUGUGAACACCACCUGAGAGCGCCCCGCCGAGGCGGCUGCCGGGCCAGAAACUUCUGGUUCGAACUUUAUACCCCCCGCCCCCGCCGGCUCCCCGCCGCCGCGCUCGCCGCCCCAGCCUCCGAGACGCUGCUUCUGCUCCCGAGGACUUGUUCUGUUCUGCUUUUUCGCUGGGUUUUUAAAAAAAUUUUAUUGUAUUUUUAUUUUUAUUUUCUCGCGCGCGCGCCCGGUGCUUUGCAUUUGGCUGGGAAGAGGUGCUCGCCGGAGCGCCCAGGUGGGACGCCUCGCUCGUCUUUACUCGGUUUAUUGAUUGCUGUUGGCGCACUUUUUUUUUUUUUUUUUUAAUUCCUGUUCUGCUCGGGCCGGGGAGUUUCGCCCCCCCGCCCGGCGCCGUGGCGCACAGGAUGGUGUGGAGAUGGCUGGGCGCGCUGGUCGUGUUCCCUCUGCAGAUGGUCUACCUGGUGGCGAAGGCGGCCGUGGGGCUGCUGCUGCCCGCCAGGCUGCGGGACCUGUCUCGGGAGAGCGUGCUCAUCACCGGCGGUGGCAGAGGCAUCGGGCGCCAGCUCGCUCGCGAGUUCGCGGAGCGCGGCGCCAAGAAGAUUGUCCUCUGGGGCCGGACUGAGAAGUGCCUGAAGGAGACGACGGAGGAGAUCCGUCAGAUGGGCACCGAGUGCCACUACUUCAUCUGUGACGUGGGCAACCGGGAGGAGGUGUACCAGACGGCCAAGGCUGUCCGGGAAAAGGUAGGCGACAUCACCAUCCUGGUGAACAACGCCGCCGUGGUCCACGGGAAGAGCCUGAUGGACAGCGACGACGACGCCCUGCUCAAGUCCCAGCACAUCAACACCCUGGGCCAGUUCUGGACCACCAAGGCCUUCUUGCCACGCAUGCUGGAGCUGCAGAACGGCCACAUCGUGUGUCUCAACUCUGUGCUGGCGCUCUCCGCCAUCCCCGGCGCCAUCGACUACUGCACGUCCAAAGCGUCCGCCUUCGCCUUCAUGGAGAGCCUGACCCUGGGGCUGCUGGACUGUCCGGGUGUCAGCGCCACCACCGUGCUGCCCUUCCACACCAGCACCGAGAUGUUCCAGGGCAUGAGAGUCAGGUUCCCCAAACUCUUCCCCCCGCUGAAGCCGGAGACCGUGGCCCGGAGGACAGUGGAAGCCGUGCAGCUGAACCAGGCUCUCCUCCUGCUCCCUUGGACCAUGCACAUCCUCAUCAUCUUGAAAAGCAUCCUUCCGCAGGCUGCGCUAGAGGAGAUCCACAGAUUCUCCGGGACUUACACCUGCAUGAACACGUUCAAAGGGCGGACAUAGAGACGGGACACAGAGACCCUCGAGGAGCCGCGGUGUCCCAGGCACGCACCUGUGCGCCUGUCCCUUGGCACCUUUCUGCUGGGUGAACAGCACGGCUCCUGUGCCCAGGGAGCAAUCUGGUGGCCAGCCCCAGGACCUUUGCACAGGACUGAUGGGUGUAACUCUGAGCCCCAUGGGGAGGCAAGAGACCAGCCAGCAGCCGCCUUGUCACUUUUGUACAUGUCUGAUUCUGUAGAGUUUAUGGUUAAGUUGCUUCUCAGCUCUCCCCAGCCGCAGCAGCGUGCAUAGACUCUUCCGGGAGGCUCUGUCUCCAGACAAUCCGCCUCCCCCCUCGUCCUCAGCCUGCGCAGACCGGUUGAACAGCAGGAACGGAAAAUAAAGAGUUGGCCUUCGCGUG